CUGAAGAUGGCGGCAGCUGCGGCUGUAGGAGGAAGGCCAACAUAUUACGGGAACGAGGGUGGCCGGGCCCCGAAGAGACAGAAGACUGACGCAUCUGAGGACAACGUGGCGGCUUCAGCGGAAGGGUACGAUGACCCUCACAAGACCGCGGCCUCCCCGGUGGUCCAUGUGAGGGGACUUAUUGAUGGGGUUGUGGAAGCGGACCUUGCAGAGGCUUUGCAGGAGUUUGGAACGAUCAGUUAUGUCGUGGUUAUGCCUAAGAAAAGACAGGCUCUGGUUGAAUUUGAGGAUAUUCUUGGUGCAUGCAACGCUGUAAACUACGCAGCAGACAACCAAAUCUAUGUUGCAGGGCAUCCUGCAUUUGUAAAUUAUUCAACUAGCCAAAAGAUCUCCCGUCCCACAGAUACAGGCGAUGAUUCCCGGGGGGUCAAUAAUGUUCUGCUCUUUACCAUUCUGAAUCCAAUCUAUUCCAUAACUACGGAUGUGCUGUAUACCAUCUGUAAUCCUUGUGGACCUGUUCAGCGGAUAGUUAUUUUCAGGAAAAAUGGAGUCCAGGCCAUGGUGGAAUUUGACUCUAUGCAAAGUGCUCAGCGUGCCAAAGCUUCUCUCAAUGGGGCUGACAUUUACUCUGGAUGUUGUACACUAAAGAUUGAAUAUGCUAAGCCUUCUCGACUGAAUGUCUUCAAAAAUGACCAGGAUACAUGGGAUUACACAAAUCCUGCCCUGAGUGGACAAGGUGAUGCUGCAGGUAAUCCAAACAAGCGACAGAGGAACCCACCACUGUUAGGUGACCACCCUGCUGAGUAUGGUGGUCCUCAUGCAGGCUAUCAUGGUCAUUACCAUGAGGAGGCAUAUGGUCCCCCACCCCCACACUACGAAAGUCGUAGAAUGGGUCCCCCUCCUGUAGGUGCUCCACGCCGGGGCCCAUCCCGUUAUGCUCCACAAUAUGGGCAUCCGCCACCACCACCACCACCAGAGUAUGGCCCACAUGCAGACAGUCCAGUACUGAUGGUAUAUGGUUUAGACCCCUCAAAGAUGAACUGUGAUCGAGUCUUUAAUGUCUUCUGCCUGUAUGGUAAUGUGGAGAAGGUAAAAUUCAUGAAGAGUAAACCUGGAGCAGCUAUGGUGGAGAUGGCUGAUGGAUAUGCUGUAGACCGUGCCAUUACACACUUAAACAACAACUUCAUGUUUGGGCAAAAACUAAGUGUCUGUGUUUCAAAGCAACAGUCUAUUGUGCCUGGGCAGUCCUAUGGCUUGGAAGAUGGCUCCUGCAGUUUUAAAGUCUUCAGUGGGUCCCGUAACAACAGAUUUACAUCCCCAGAGCAAGCUGCCAAGAACAGAAUCCAACAGCCGAGCAGUGUGCUUCAUUUCUUUAAUGCUCCUCCUGAGGUGACAGAGGAGAACUUUAUAGAGAUGUGUGAUGAACUGGGUGUUAAGAAGCCAGCUUCAAUCAAAAUCUUUUCUGGAAAGAGUGAGCGAAGCUCUUCCGGACUGCUGGAGUGGGAUUCUAAGAGCGAAGCACUGGAGACUCUCGGUCUCAUGAAUCACUACCAGAUGAAAAAUCCAAGUCCUUACCCCUACACUCUAAAACUCUGCUUCUCCACUGCUCAGCAUGCCUCCUAAGAAGACCUGUCUGAUUUCCUAGCCCUGAUUUUGAUGUUUAGUAUUAGUUUGGUUCCUUGUGGAGCUAGUUUUUAUGUUCUGAAAUAUUGUUGUGACUUCCUAUUUUAUUUUUUUUUUUUUUUUGCUAUGAUGAUGUGCUUGCACAUAUCAAUAAAACAUUUGAGAACA